AUGAACAAGGAAAAAGAAAAAGAAAUUAUUGCAAAAUUUACCGAAAAUCUCAAUCAGAAAGAAAAAGUUAAUGAAUUAACUGUUAUUGGUCGAGAAAAAGAAAUUAAAGAGUUGGUUUAUAUUUUGUCUCGCAUGCUGAAGAAUAAUCCAUUACUAAUUGGUUAUCCAGGAGUGGGAAAAACUGCGAUAGUUGAGGGACUAGUUCAAAAAAUUAAGCAGGAAAAAGUUCCUAAUUAUUUAAAAGGUAAAACUAUUUACCAAUUAGAUAUGAUGGCUUUAAUGGCAGGAACUAAGUUUCAAGGCGAAUUGGAAGAACGGUUGAAAAUUAUUUUUAACUUUAUGAGUCAACCAGAAAAUAGUGCGAUCCUCUUUAUUGAUGAAAUCCAUUUGAUUGUGGGAGCUGGUCGUAGUCAAGGUGCUCUUGAUCUUUCUAAUUUGUUAAAGCCACUACUUUCUCGGGGUGAAAUUCAAUGUAUUGGGGCAACUACGCAAACUGAAUAUCGUCAAUACCUAGAAAAAGAUGAGGCUUUAACUCGCCGUUUUAGUAACAUAAUUGUCUCUGAGCCAAGUUUUAAUGAUACGCUCAUGAUUCUGCAUGGUAUUCGUAAUUAUUUGGAAGUUUAUUAUGAGUUGAAAAUUCUUGACGAGUCUUUGGUUUCUGCGGUAAAACUUUCUCAGCGUUAUCUAACUACUAGGUAUCUUCCUGAUAAAGCUAUUGAUUUAUUGGAUGAGGCUUGCGGGAGAGUAAGGGGUGAGAUGUGGUAUGAACCAGAAAUAAUUACUAAGACUCGUAACAAGUUAAGAGAAUUAGAAAUGAAGGAGAUGUCAAUUUCUAAAGAGGAAGAAAAGCCAACUGAGUUGUUUGUUCUUCGCCAGAAAAUUUCUGAGUAUCGGCGAAAGUUAAAAGAGUUGAUAGAGCAAGACGAAAAGGAGAAUAGAAUUGUUCAAGAAUUAAAUAAAGUCAAGAGAGAACUAAUUCAAGCAGAAAAGCAAAAAAUAAGUUAUCAACAAAAGGAAAUUGACUUGACUAAAGCAGCUGAGCUUGAACAUUUUAUUAUUCCAGUAUUAAAAAGUAAGAUUAACCGGUUAGAAGGAGAAGUUAGUACAAAUACCUUAAAAAAAUAUUUAGUUAAUGAGGAAGAAAUUGCUUUGACUAUUGCCAAGAAAUGUGAUUUGCCUAUAGGAAAAAUCAUGGCUAGUGAGCAGCAAAAGUUGUUUUUGCUACCAGAGAUUCUUCGGCAAAAAAUAAAGGGACAGAAUCAAGCUUUAAGAGCGGUUACUAAUGCUAUUUUUCGAGCUCGGGCAGGGAUACAGGAUCCUAAUCGCCCUUUAGUUUCUUUUUUGUUUGUAGGACCAACAGGUGUGGGAAAAACUGAGGUGGCUUUGACUAUUGCUGAACAACUUUUUGAUCAAAGUAAAAACCUUGUUCGUUUAGAUAUGACUGAAUUUUCGGAACCCCAUUCGGUUAGUAAAUUAAUUGGUUCACCGCCGGGUUACGUUGGAUUUGUAGACAAGCCUCGUUUAGAAAUUAUUCGAGAGAAAAUGAAUAGUGUUUUACUUUUUGAUGAAGUUGAAAAGUGCCAUCCAGAAGUGUUAAAUAUACUUUUGCAAAUACUAGAUAAUGGUGUUCUUACUUUAGCUAAUGGUCAAGAAGUUAAUUUUCGUAACACCAUUAUUGUUUUGACUACUAAUUUAGGUUCAGAAUUGUACUUUUCUGAAAGUAAUCAAAAAGAACUAAAAGAGUAUUUAAGUUUUAAAUUAAAGGAUCAUUUCCGUCCGGAGUUUUUAAAUCGGCUAGAUGAAGUAGUGUUUUUUAAUCUCUUAACUAAGGAAGUUGUGCGAGAGAUUAUUAUUAAAGAGUUAAAAUUGUUUGUUCGACGGGUUGCCCAAGAAAGAAAUAUUAAAUUAGAAUAUAGAGAAGAAAUUGUGGAAAAGAUCUUUCAUCAAACUUACUCCAGGGAGUACGGAGCACGACCUAUUAAGCACUAUAUUGAAAGAGAAAUUGGAACUGUGGUGGCACGGACAAUUAUUUUCCAAUUUCUUCAACCAGGAGGGCACUUUCUCUUAGACGUUGAAAAAGAUACUAAUGAAAUUAAAAUAACUACUUUAUCUUUAUUAGAGCAGAGAAAGAAUUUUUUAAAGUAA